AUGCGACGUUGUAGAGGGCGCGACGUACAAGGACUACAAUGCUACAUUGAUGCGGAUUGCUACGCGAAACUUCCCGGCCGCCUAGAGGAUGUUAUCAACUUCAACAAGCUCAGUGUGCGUGUGGUCAAUCAGAGCACCUAUUUCCCUAGGACUGUGUUGGUACUCCAGCCAUGCAGCGACCCGGUCCCUCAUGUAUCCAACACUCGCGGCUUCACCCCGGAGCCUACGUAUCCUAAGCAGCCUUCUGGUCGAUUAAUGGCUCCGUACUAUCAACCACAUCUGCUCCGUCAAUGGAUGUCCUGCUGCCAUGAGCGCCAUGGUAAUGCGUGCCACAUGCCGGCAUGGCGAGCGAAUGAGGACGAUAAGUCACCACAGCUCAGGUUCGUCGAUACCGAACAAUUUUGUAUCGUCGAUGGUCCAGAAGAUUGUCAGUAUGCUGCACUGAGCUACGUGUGGGGAUCAGCAGCCCACAACUGCUUGACGAACACACGGAGGACAGCUCAAUGGCUACGCAGCCCUGGCUGCCUGCUACACGAUGUUGUCCCCAAGACCAUCUUCGAUGCCAUCAAAGUGGCUCAAUCUAUUGGAUUCAAGUAUCUCUGGGUCGACUCUCUAUGCAUCAUCCAGGACGACGACGAUGACAAGCGGCAGCAGCUUUCUUUCAUGGAUUGUGUGUAUGCCAACGCGUAUUGCACAAUUGCUGCUGCCAGCGCUUUGCAUGCGGACAUGGGCAUCGCUGGCGUGCGAGAAUCUCUGAUGCGGCAUCCUCAACAAGCGAUGGUCUCGGUUUCGUCCUCCCUACGUCUGAUUCGCAGUACACAUCUUUAUACUGGCACAGCAUACGAAAAGUCGCCUUGGAAACGCCGUGCCUGGACAAUGCAAGAAUCACUCCUUUCCCGCCGCCUGAUAAUGUUCACCGAUGACGAGGUUUUUUGGCGAUGCCAAAAGGCGACCUGGUGUGAGAGCCUCGCGCUCGAGCUUUGUUCGACGCAGCGAAGGGAGCCUAGAAUCACCUCUUACCAGUCGUUCGGAUGCUAUGACUUGAUGGAGAUAGGGCCAAGCCGAGCCUUCAGACCUGAGUACGCUUACAGGGUAAUCUCACAUUACGCAAAGCGCAGCAUAACGAAUCAAUCCGACUCCCUAAAAGCCAUCCAGGGCUAUCUCCGGCGGCUUUAUAUGAAGCACACACUCGCUCAAAGCGACUGGGGUCAUCUUCUUUUCCUUCGUUUUGAGGAGUCACUGGCUUGGGUGGGCGGCGACUGCGCUCGUCGCGUGGCAGAAGAAUGUGUCUAUAACCGUGACGGAUCAUCUCAUCAUGUGAGGUUUCCAAGCUGGUCCUGGCUGGGCUGGGACUUUGAGCAUGCCGGUUUGGGGAGGCUUUUCAAACUUCCAAUUGCCACGGAUAUGGUCAUGCCUGAGCUGGAUUUUUACAGACUCGACAUCUAUGGCAGAGUUCGUGCUCAAAUGCCUCGAAAUUUAUUCGCUCCGCACGUCAAGCCACUCGAUCUGAGUGCUCUCAAUGAGGAGUUGGCCGGAGACUGGAAACAAUCCACAUCAAUUGACGAGGACGAUUUCAACGGCAUGGACUUUCAUGAUUCUGGACGUUUGCUCUUCUGGACGAGCGCAACGACCCUUCGACUGAACAAAGUGUUACAAGGACGCGAUCUAGGUUAUGAGUGGGAGAUGACUGAUCAACAGGGAAGAAAAGUAGGAGGCAUGUCGGAGUAUGCACUCCCGAGCAGCACCAACGAAGGGGACCAUUGCAUGAUUGUUGUCUCUCGCGUUCAUGAUGAAAUUCGAGUAGAAAAGGUGCUACCGGAAUUACAUGUCCUCGUCAUCGAGUGGGAUGAUGUGGAACAGCGGGUUGCGCACCGUGUUGGAGCAGGGUCUGUAGAUGAAGCUGCUUGGGUAAGAGCUAAACCUGAGUGGAUCAAGGUGACAUUGGCUUAA